UUCUCGAUUUAACCAGCAGGUGUCACUCUAAUAUUGUCUCUGGUAUUAAUAUUGUCUCUGGUAUUAAAUUUGUCUAUUCAUUCCAAAAUGUCUACCUCCGUUUUUUUUCUUCCAAGCGAUCUCCCUUGUGCCUUAGAGUAGCUAGCCUUCCAGGGCUAAAUUUCAGUCUCUGGAGUAGGGGAAGAAGGAGGACGCCCCUUUUCUCUUCUCCACAAAUCCAGCCAACGUAGCAGGUGAAGUUUGCUUUGUCUCUGUCUGAAUCAGGAAAGCCACUGGCACUUAUGAGAGGGCUCCUAAUUCUUCAACUCUUCUUCCUUGUUUAGAAACGGGACAUGGAUUGAUUCAUCCCCAUGAAUUAUGGACCUCCUGCCUCUGCUUCUAAUGCUACUGUUGUCUCUGCCAGUCUCUAGCAAUCAUCGAAUGAAAUGUCCCCUGACUUUGGAGUACCAGGAUGAAAAAAAACCAUGCAGCUAUUAUAGACCAGGGGACCAUCUUACUAGUAUUAUCACCACUGCAACAAAAAUAUCAAAUAUAAUGUUCCCUUUCAAUGAAGCUCCUUCUAGUCAGUCUCACUCAUGCCUUGCUGGACAUGCUCUCGACUGGAGAAGCCAAUGUUCCCAACUACAGCUGUGGAAAGAAAGACAAUCUUUUGGCUUUUUUUGAUGGAGAUGACAGAGACAACUCCAUCCAGAUGUCAACAUUACUAGCCCCAUACAAAAUUCCACAGUUCCAUCCAUUUCUGAAGAAGAAUGUGUUUCACAAUCUUUCCCACAUGAAACUGUACUUGGACCAAAAUGGGGAUAUAACAGCAGAUCUGAACAUCAUAAGCUUGAUAGUUCUCUCCAGGGAGGAUCCCAUUAGAGAGCAAAUGGGGAGUUUUGAAAGACAGAGAAUUACUAUCAAUCAAGAUGCUCUUUCACGGCUAAAGUUGCUCAACAAGUCUCUGCCUCAGUCCAAAUGUGUGGAAAAUUGUCGCCCCGGAUUUUUCAAGCGGGCUCGGAAAGGAGAGCCAGUUUGCUGCUAUGAUUGUGUUCCUUGUCAAGAAGGGACCAUCUCCACUCAGGAAGGUGCCCAAUUUCUUCCAUAAUGGGAGGAAUAAGAAAAAGAUCUUGAAGGAAGAAGUAGGAAGAGAUAGAAGAACACGCUGGAUUGUGCAAGAUUACUUGAAUCACAGGAAAAUUCUCUUUUCUUGCCAGUUUGG